UAACAAACUACUCAUUUUGUCAACAAUAUCUUUUGAUUCUUUGACAUUCGGUUGUGUUUUUAACAAGUCGAAAUCUAAUUUUGAAUGAACAAUAUUUGAUUCUCUCUCGUAUACUUUGUGGAUUCAUCCACUUUUUAGACUCUUUGCUUCUUCUCUAGCUAUCUUUUUGAUGUUUGCUGUUCGAAUCAGUCGAUUAAUUUUCGAAAGCUGUAACCAAUUCAUCUCGCAUGUCAGUCUCGAUUCAUUUUCAAUAUUAGUGUUGUCUUUGUACCAUUUUUGUAGCUUAUUAAUUGAAGAUAGGGGUCUAAUUGUUUAAAAUAUUAAUAACAGAGCUUAUUUGUUAUUUUGGGAUAGUACAUGGCUUGUUUAGCUAUUAAUCUUUGCUACCAGAAAAUGUGAGAAUCCUUCCGAAGGCGCUCGAUUGAAUUGCUGUUUGUUUCAUCGUGUCGGCUUCCAUCUCUACUUCCCUGUCUCCGCUCGCUCUUAGGCUAUUGAAUUAACGCGCUUUUCCCUCUACCAGCUUGAUCGCAACCGACUCCCCUCCAUUCCCUGGUUUCUUUACAAGGAAGAAAAGCUUUUCCUCGAGGAAGUUGGUGGUUCUUCGCUUUCACAAGGAAUCUUAUCAGGGUUCGUCAGGGGACUCAACAGCUGCAAGUCUAAACCUUUCUUUUCAAUCAUCGUUGUUAACAAUUUUCUGGGUGUUUCCUGCAGAAGAAGGAAAGCAUAACACAACAUGGCUCUGAAUCCGCAGCUUCUCCCAAACGGGUUGCCCGUUCCAUUCGUGAACGAGAUGUUUGUAUUGGCUAGAGAUGGCGUCGAGUUCGAAGUCGACAAGAUUCCCGGGUAUGUCUUCUUUCUUUCAUAAUCUCGUUUUCUUUAUUUUACCCUCUAAUGGCCCUCUUUCGGUGUUGAAUUGAGCUGAUGAGUUUCUUUCUAGUUUCCGCUUCUAGGAUCAGCCCGAAAUUUGGGUCCUUUUCUACUGUUUGGACUAUAUCGAUUUGCUUGUAGAAUUGAGUGGUUAAGAUGAGCUCAGUUUCGUUGCUUUGUUUUGGGUUGCAUUUCCUUUUCAUCAAGAUGUAUGUUUCUUAGAAGGCUAGAUUUGGUGGUGGUUGCAUGUCUCUUCUGUGAAUGUGGAUAUGGAAGUGGUACUUUUUGCUGGCGUUUAGCAUCAAAACCCAAGGGGGCUGGCUUAUGGUAGUACUUGCUGUAAGCUGUUGUCGAUUUUGGGCAAAAACAGCUGUAAAGCAUCUCCAAAGUAGGCUAUUAGCUUUUGACAUUAGUUCACUUAGCUAAUGACUUUAGUACAUGUGCAGUUUAGCUUUAACAGGGACUCACUUGGUUGAUGUGGUUCAUUUUGUAUUAAUAUAUAUUUGUUAUGGAAAAACAUGAUGUUUUGGUUAAUGUUUGAUGUGCUCCAGUGCUCCGCUACAUAUUCCCCCUGACUGAAGCCAAAGGUGUUGGUAUGGUGUUCUAUGAUUAAAUGUUUCAUCAGGACAUAGAGCUAGUGUUAGAUUUUUAGUUGAAGAUGUGAAACAAGUAUUCAGGUGAUUGUUAGUGUGAUUAUGAGGAUGUUGGCGUGAUCAGCAAGUCUGUGAGGUUGUCAAGGGGUCAGAACUGGAAGUUUUGUCGUCAACAUGUUAGUAAACCUGGUGCACAUAUUACUCGGAUUGCUGAACUAAACUAAUAAUUGGAAUAGGAGUGCAGAAGAAGCAGUGGGGACUUAGGCUGCCUUCUCUGAUCUGUUCUAAAAUUUGAUAAGGGAGGACUUAUUUUUUAGGUCGAGAUUCUGCAGUAUUUGGUAAAGUCCUAUAAAACGUAGAUAGAGUUAGUGGAGCUGCAGAGCAUUAAUUAAAAUGAUUGAUGAUAAACAGGUGUAAAACGAGAUAGGAUGGACACUUUUUCUUUUUCGGGAAUUGGAAGACGAAUUAGUUUUCUGGCUGACAUUUCAAGAACUCGGCUCUGUUUGUUUCUGCCCAUAAGAGAUCAUCAUAAGAAGCUGACUGCAAAUAAAGAUAUGAAGUGCAUUUGAUUUGAGAAAUUGUGUAGUAACAAGGUCGAAGAUUUGUGAAAUUAUUAGAUGGAGCAGUUCUUUGGUACAUGUUGUGGCAACGACUAAAAUGAGUUCAUACGAGGAGUGAUGGGCAGACUGGAAAUCUAUAAGCUUUUAUUUAUUUAAAAGGAAACAUAAAAUGCAGGGUGUACUGUAACUCAAAAUUAUAUUCUUAAGAUAGAAGUUGAAGUUAUGUGUUUGGCUUGAGAAGUGAGUUAUUUGAUGAUAUACGGAGUUCACUAAAUUCUGAAUGAUUGAAUCAAAUGGAGUCCUUGACAUGGUGGGCUGGUCAAUUUUAUUGGAUCUCUUUAUUUUCAGCUUCCACUUUAUCCUCUGCAGUUGGAAUUAAUAUGCUGUUUGUAUGAACUAUUUUAUACAUGGUAGCAUUGCCAAAUGGUUGCUCUUUGUCCCACUUCCUUAAGUUUGUUUAACUUUGAUCUUCAAGUUUCUGAAGGCUGAAAUAUUGCUGGUAACUGCAGAAGUAAUCAGGUCAAAGCUAAAGGAACCAUAUACUUGUCUAACAUACGUAUGGUUUUUGUCGCAAGUAAGCCUACCGGAAGCUUGGUUGCUUUUGAUAUGCCACUGGUAUGUGCUCUCGUGCUUGGUCUCUAAUGUGGGCUAUGUUCACCUUAAUAUCAUUUUGUUCAUUUGAAAUUAUUUCUUCUGUGUGAAGUUUACACAAGUUUCUCUCUGACAUUUGUUAGUGAUUCUGUGUGUCAUUGAUGUUUAUGUUUCAUCUUCUUGGUUUUAUUUGAAUGGUCAUGUAUUGGUGAUGUUAAUGUGAAGUAUACUAUGAAGAAACAAAUAAAAUGUUUGGCUUAAUAGUGUUGGUGGGAGGAGGGGUGUGAAUGGGUAGUUGUGCAAUGCUCGCUCGGCUUAGUUGGUUGGGCUUGUAUGAGGAAGAAAUCUUCUGUAGUAAUCUCUGGUCCAGCUACAAGCACAAUUUCUCUACCAAAAAAUACAAGCACGAGAAUUCUCCACAUCUUUGAUGCAAAAAAUUUGCCUUCCCUUCUCCAUGCACAAGCAUGGAGACCUACUUUUAACCUUUCCUAAUUUAUUUCACUAGGUUCGGUUGUUCCGAGAUGAUCAUGUCCUUGUUUGAGCUGCCCAAGUCAUUUCUUCAUACUUCACAUCGGCCUUCAGGUUUUUUAUGUGUCUCUGACUUCCAAGUGAAAUCUUUCUGUGCAGCUUUAUGUCCAUGGUGAAAAAUUUAACCAACCGGUAUUUCACUGCAACAAUAUUUCCGGUCAGGUGGAACCGGUAAGGACAACUUUAGGACACUUGACGCACCUCGAGUUCAUACUGUUAUCACAAUUUUCUCUAUUGCCUGUCCUAAUUUUCCCAAUGAUGACACUUUCAGGUUGUCCCUGAGAACGAGAACAGAGCUCUCUACUCAACUCACAAGUUCAAGAUCUUGUUCAAAGAAGGUGGGUGUGGAACCUUCAUCCCACUGUUCUUCAACUUGAUAGCAUCAGUGAGGCAGUUCAGUCAACAGCAGCAAAAUUAUGCGGCAAGCCCUGUUGUCGACCCGUUGCAGGCAGCCGAGACUCCAGCAGUUGAUGAAAUGAUUCGACAUGCGUAAGUGAAACCUAGUUCGGGUAAAAUGUAUGAGAAAACAUGGAUGGUGGCUGAGUGGUGAUGUGAAAUUGUUUGGUUUUUGUUUUCGGCAGAUAUGUUGAUCCCAACGAUCCAACAAAGAUCUUCCUGCAGCAGCCAGCUCCAGGCACUGGACCGAGGCGCCGUACAUAUCGCCCAUCUGCACCAGACGCCAUAUGAAGAUUCUGCGCGUGAUUGAAUUGAAGCGAAAUGAUGAUUAACAACAGUGUUAUACCGUGGAGUCCUACUAUGAGAUCAUUCAGUGAAAGCCGGACUUGUAUAGGCGCAUAGUAAUUAAAGAAAAAAUGAACUGGAUGUGAUGUAAAUGAUGUUUCUGAUUAGCUUGCUUGACAUCCUUGGUUACUAAAACAUAACUGACAUUUACAUAAUCUAGUGGGUUUCCUUCUACCAGUCUUCCCAUAUUCUUUCUUUGUCAGAUUUAGAGCCUGCAUUUUCACAGUUUCAAUUCUGCUCUGCAUUGAACACACCAUUACAUUGGGAUGCCCAAAUACAUGUCAUCUCUGAACUGUUUGUUAACCAAGCAGCCGAAAAGAGAAAGCAAAAGCUGCAAGAAAAGGCGAUUGGAUCAUCUCAAAAGCAGAGCAAACGAACCAAAAAUAGCUUCUGUAACUGAAUCUUGUUAUUCAUGACCCACUAAACAUCCCUAUAAAAGGACACACAUCUCCAGCCAUUUUCAUCUCAUCACCGCACCAACAACAUUAUCCAAGCAUCAACGAACAAGCGCGGGAAAGGAAGAUGAAGGGAGCCGCAGUCGUCUCUGUUUUGGUUGCUAUUUUGGCAAUGAUUCAGCUCCUUGCCAAGCCAGCAGAUGCAGCCAUUAGCUGCGGCCAAGUGGAUUCUUUCUUGGCGCCUUGCAUUCCUUACUUGACCACAGGAGCGGGCGACCCUGCGCCUAAAUGCUGCGACGGAAUCCGGAGCUUGAAGGCCAACACCGCCACCGUCGACGACAGGAGGGCGGCCUGCGCCUGCGUCAAGGCGGCCGCCGAUCACUAUCCGGUCAAGGAAGACGCUGCUUCCGCUCUCCCGACCAAAUGCCAAGUCGCAAUCAGCAUCCCCAUUUCCAAGGCUAUCAACUGCCAAACCAUCAGCUAAGUGAGGAAGAUGAAGGAGAAUAUUUUGGUGGGUGAUGACAAAUAAAGCCACCAUGCAUGGAUGGAGCGAGAGCAUAAUAAUCACCAUUUUCAGGCCGCCUCUGUUUUUUUUUCCCCUUUGUUUUUGCUCUGGAAUGUUUCUGUUCUGUGUUGAAUAAGACAACUUUUGAGUGAACUCUUUGCUUGUUUGUGCGUUGAUAAUAAAUCAAUGAUCGGAUG